UGCUCCUGAAUGACAUUUCUAAAUUUCUGAAGCAGGCCAUACAAUUGUGACGGAAUCAUCUGAGACAUCUGUGGCAAUUAAACUUGUAUUAUGGCUACAGGAUCUCAAGAGUCAUCAUCAACUGUACAUGAUUUAAUCCAGAAGAGUAAAUUAAUCAGUGAAGGUCCACCUGCACGAUAUCGUCUCCUCACAACCAGAAGUAAUCUUGAUGAAGAAGGCUUAGUGAGAAAAUGGACAUUUGGACAGCGAUGUGUCAAUAUGCAAAACAAAAUCCUACUGAUGGUAGGAGAAACUGGAACAGGCAAAACUACUCUGAUCAGUGCCAUGGUAAAUCAUAUACUUGGGGUGAAGUUUACAGAUAAAGUCUGGUUUGAGAUUACAGAAGAUGGAGGAGAUAAUCACAUGUCAGAUCAGUCAAAAAGUCAAACAACUGAAAUCACCGUGUAUGAGGUCUUUUCCCAACCAAACCCAAUAUCUCUUACUAUUAUUGACACUCCAGGUUAUGGAGACACCAGGGGAAAAGAAUAUGAUGAACAGAUUGCUGACAACCUUAGUAAACUGUUCCGCAAUGACACUGGAGUGAAAGAAAUUGAUGCAGUGUGUCUGGUAGUGAAGGCAUCUGAGAAUCGACUCACUGACAGACAGCACUACAUCUUUGAUGCAGUUUUGUCCUUAUUUGGUAAAGACAUAGAGAACAACAUUGUCAUAUUUAUCACUCACUCAGAUGGACUGCCUCCAAAAGAUGCUCUUAAUGCCAUCAAGAAUGCAGCAAUAGCCUGCAGGAAAAAUGAAAGAAAUGAACCAGAGCAUUUUUUAUUUAACAAUCGUCAAACUGAAGAAAGGAGACCGGAGUAUAACAGAGCUCUCCAGGCAGCUUGGGAUACAGCAGCAGACAGUUUGAAAUAUUUCUUCUCCUCCCUGAAAGAACAGAACAGAAAAAGCUUAGAGCAGACCGAAAGUGUUCUGAUUCAGUCCAAACGACUUGAAGCCUGUAUUUCUAAUCUACAAAGCCGUAUUGAGUUCGUAGACUGCAAAGUUAAUGAACUGACUCAGAUCCAGAAAGCCCUUGAGGAAAACCAAGAAAAGAUUAAGAAAAAGGAAAACUUUACUUUUACUGUCAUCAAGUCCUACAAAAAGUAUGUUUCCCUUUCCAAAAAUGCCUCUUGUCAGGACAGAAAGGUCACCAGUUGCACUGUAUGUAAGGAGAACUGUCAUGAAUAUAACUGCUGGUUGACCCCCAAUGCUUUGUGGUGUGAAGUCAUUAAAAGAGAGUACUGCACUUCAUGCACAGGUAAAUGUCAUUUCACUAAACAUGUCAGAGAGAGCAAGAAAUAUGUUAUAGACAUAAAAAAGACCACAAUGACAUAUAAUGAUCUCAAUACAAAUCCUCAAUUCAAAAGAAACAAUAAUCCACAAUCAGAUAUCAACUUUGACUCAGAGUCCUUUGAAAGUGUAAAACGGGACCUGCAAUGCAAAAAGAAACAGGAAGAGGAGAAGUUAAGGAUAGAGAGGAGACUGAAUGAAGAACUGAUCAAGACUGUAAAGGAGAAGACUGAUCUGCUGGAAGAAGCCUACACCACCAUCAUGGAACUGUCUGAGAUUGCUUUAAAGACAGACUCUGCUUUCAUUGUUCAGUCUCUUGACUUCUUGAUCCCUCGAGCUGUGGAAACUGGAGAAUACUUCCUUGCUCAGAAACUGAGAGAGCUGAGAGAGAUUCCGUCUGAAUCACAGGAAAGAGUUAAUGCUGCAAUGGCAUAUGCAAGAGCAGGUAUCAGUAAACUGUUCCUGGGAUAUAAAUGAAUAUAGAUUAAACAUGGCCAUGUAACAUAUACAAAUGGAAUUCUGGACAUAUAUGAAUCAGGUCUGCUGUUUUUUUCAUUUAAUAAAAUGAGUUGUGUUUAUUUAUUAAUGUUCUUGUUUAAGACUUUGUUUUUGGUAAUCAUUGAAAAUCAUUGAUGAGCCAUUAUGAUAUGAUUUUUUUUUAAUC